AUGGUUGUAGACAGCAGCGAUGAGGAGGAUAGUGCAGAAGACAUGGAAUCCAUUAGGAGUCCUCUCGGAUCUAAAUACAUGGAUCAGUUAGGUCGUUUGACUCUAAUUCUCCAUGUCUUUGACACUGCCACUGAACAAAUCAGUCUGCAGACAAAACAGCAGUUCACAAGACCUCCACUGGAAGAUAUUGCUACCAUCAAAACAAAGCAGAAGGGCACAAGGUUUUCCUUAAAAGGAACAGUGGACAGGAUAACAAAUAAUGGCCUUGUGUGUUCUGCACAUUUUGAAGAUGCGGACAUAAAUAAAACACUUGCAGGAAAGAUAAAACUUAUCCUUGGUGCUGUACCAACAAAAUUUGCUAGGACAAAGACACCUGCAAAGCGCUUGGGACCACAGCGCAGAUCAGUAGUCAAGAUUGAAAAGGGUGAUGGUGAAAAUGUUAUGGCAUCAACAUCUGCGAGUAAUGAACAUGAUUGUGUACAAAUUCCACUGGCAACAUUUGACAAUGACUAUGUUGUACAACAGGAAUCGGAUUCUUCAAAACUUGAAUCAGCGCAAGCAGAACUGAAGCAACUUGAGCAGGAGAACAUAGCUCUAAAAGAAGCAAAGUUUGGAUUAGAACGAUUUCACAAUGACGACAACAUGAUUAAUUUCUACACAGGAUUCAAAGAUUACCAAACAUUGACAGCUGUAUUUAGUGCUCUCAAACCAACAGCUAUGACAAUGAUUCGAUGGACUCGGAUGCAGAGACAGGGAGCAGAUUUAGAAAAAGUAAAAAAAAUAACUUUUAGUUUGGAAAGUCAUCAUCUGUCCCUGAUUGACGAGUUCUUUGUCUUCCUCUGUAGAAUUAGACAAGGCUUCCCCGAACAAGAUCUAGCGGUCAGAUUUUGUAUGUCACAAACAUCUGUAAGCAGAAUUUUGAUCACAUGGUCAAACUACCUGUAUGCUAUGCUUGGCAGUUUGCCUCUACGGCCUUCAAGAACUGCAGUAAAUAGGAACAUGCCAGAGAGUUUUAGACUUACAUACCAAUUUACCCGUGUGAUACUUGACUGCACAGAAAUAAAAGUACAGACCCCUAGCUCAAAGGUUCUGAACUCACAGAUUUACUCGAACUACAAAAGCCACACCACAUUCAAGGGUCUUGUUGGUAUUACACCGUGUGGAACUGUUUUGUUUGUUAGUUCUCUAUACACUGGAGGGAUUUCUGACAAAGAUAUCACAGCCAGAUCGGGAAUACUAGAUCUGCUUGAAGAAUAUGAUGAUGUCAUGGCAGACAAGGGAUUUUUAAUAUCUGACCUACUUCAAGCCAAAAAUGCUGGCCUAGUCAUUCCUCCUUUCUUAGGAGCAAAAGGGAAGUUUUCCAGAAAUGAGGUUUCUACAACCCAUGAAAUCGCACGUCUGCGAAUUCAUGUUAAGCGGGCGAUCAGAAGGAUAAAGGAGUACCACAUCUUUGACGGAGUUAUUCCCCUGAAUCUGGCACCAUCAAUCAACCAGAUAUGGACCGUGUGUGUUAUUUUGACAAAUUUUCGGGGGGCAUUAUUUUAA